AUGGUCACGGACCUCGGGCACCGCGCCAUGUUCACACCCAAGGGCCACUGCGAACUUGCCGGCGAGGGUAUCGAAUACGACUGGGGCGUCGCCUCGCGGUGGAAGCGCAAGAACGGCCGCGACGAAGACCAGCACCUCCAGGAGGACACGCUUCGCUCGUUGUCGCCGAAGGUGCUGCCCGUGUUGCGCGUGCGCAUGUUCGAGCGGACGGCGUGGCGCUACAAGCAGGCGUACCGUCGAGUCACCCGCGGCGAGGCCACGGCGGGCGAGUUCGCGGAGGUCGAGCGGCUCCAGAAGGAGAUCAGGCGCCACCGCGACGCCGAGGUCGAACUAGCCGCGCUCGAGGGCCGCCGCGAGAACCCGCUUGCCGCCCUCGAUGCGCCCCCGGGGACGGCUCCGAUACUAUAUCACAACGACAUGAAAUUCUUGAUAUCAGAGCACGCAAUAAUGGGGGCGAUGCAUAUGCACACACCGCAUGAGCUUGCAUUCCGCGGGUUGGCUAUACAGGCGGCGGCAACCUAUUUGCGGCCGGCUUCGACAAGCGCGAUCACUCUUGGAGUAGGCGCCGGGUCAGUCGUGAAGGAGCUACGACACCGAAAUGUGCAAGUGCGGGCAGUGGAGAUAAAUCCAGUAGUCGCGCGACUUGCUCGUAUCGAGUUUGGUGUCGGUUGCUCAGUGGGAGAUGGCAACCAUUCUGCGUUCUGCCACGUUGAUGCGACAUUGAUUGUGCAGCAAAUAGGUGUAGACGUGAUUGAGCAUGUUCGCGACGGAUCGCACGACCUGGUGAUCGUGGAUGCAUUCAAUGGCGUCGGAAUGGCAUCCACGUGGCGGUUCCUCAACAGUGAAACGAUGCGACAUAUCAAGGUGAGCUUCAGGGACCAAGCAGCGGGGCUCCUUGUAUUCAAUAUUGCUAUCGCUGGUGAGAGGGAAGCCGACAAUGAUGUCCUUAAUCGCGCUGCCUCUAUUAUGGCCCAAAAAUUUGAAUUUGUGCGAGCAUUUCGCGAUUCGCCCAUUGACGGUGCUGAUGCUAGCAAUGUGGUAUUCUUCGCCUCGGAUUCAAAAAUUGAUGCCGAGGGAUUAGAGGUCCUUUUCGAGGAUGACUGGCAGUAUGGAUCGGAGCACUGGGUCGUCUUAGAAUGCACACCAGUACAUUGCGAAGGCCUGUCAAAAAACUCUCCAAAAUCGCCCCCUGGAGAGGAGUACGAUACCAAGCUCAGGCAGAAGCUUCGUGAGAUCACUGCUUCAUACAUCCCGGUGGAGAACCUCUUUCGCAAAAAUAUCCAAGUUGAAUUGCGGCUUAUUUCCCUGACUGUCUCUGGGAUUCUCCUACUCGCAUUCAGGAAAAGAUCUCGUGACAAGAUAGAGUGA